CAACUUAUGAGUGAAAUGAACUAUAUAAAUUUGAGCACAUAAAUUGCAGCUUAGAAUUUAGCAAGAACUGAUACCAAGACCUCUACAAUUAAUAUUUGGCAUUCGAGAUGGAUGGCCAAACUGGCUUAGUGCUGGCCUUGCAGCUGAUAGCACUGUGUUCCAUAGCUGGAGCCCUUUUGCUGUAUCUAUUAUGCAAAGUUCGAGGUGGUUCCAUAAAUGGCACCACACAGGCACCACCAGUUGUCAUGGCCACAGGCGGCGGCGCUGCGGUUCUGGUUACAUCGGCUGACACUGCGUUAGGAUUACAGAUAUCAACGCAUUUAGCAUCGCGUGGCUACAAAGUAUUUGCAGGAUUGAAAGAUCCGGUCGACAGCGUCGCUGCGAAACUAUUGCGAAAUUGGCUCAAAGCUAGGGAAAUGGAAAUGGAAAACAGCGUCAAUCCUAACCCAAGUACCACGGGUACCAUCAUACCCUUGCACAUAGACGUAACCAGGGAGACUCAUCAACACGGCUGGUGUCGUCACAAGGGACGAGUGGAACAUCAGGACACCGUUCUUUGGGAAAAUAUGCUCAGGACUAAUGUAUUAGGUUGCGUUCGAGCAGCCCGAGUAUUCACCCAACUCCUGCGUCCAACCAGAGGUCGUUUCCUAACCAUAGGUGGAACUCCAACAAUCUCUCACCCUCAACCCUUACCCAGCGACCUGCAACAAGGUGAAGGUCUCGUGGUCUACAGUGCCUGUCUACGAGCCAUCGAAGGUCUCACCAACUCUCUUCGAUCAGAACUAGGACCUUGUGGAGUAGAUGUCAUCCAACUGAGACCAGACUACAUAAAAGCUGAAAAAUUAUAUGGUUUACCUCAGAGGAAUAAUGUGGUGGAGAACAGAGCUGGUGAGCAACCAGUGGCUCAGUACACUGCCAGCGUUUUGGGACCGAAUGGGUUGAGGAAUAUUGAGAGGGCUUUAUGCGAUUUGAGACCUCAAGAGUUCUAUUCUUUAGCUGAGAACAAGAAGAAUAAUCUUCUUAUGUGGGGAGGUCUCAAGAGCCCUUGGGGUCGCAAGACAAAAAAGAAUGAACAGGGUACUGAAGCGCCAACGAUUAGUGUUUAAGGUUAAAAACUAAGGUUAAGUUUUUUGC